CAUCUUCUUCAAAACCUCAGCGAUGUGUGAGAGAGAGAGAGAGAGAGAGAGAGAGAGAGAUCGAUCUCUUGUGGCAUCUUCAAGCGUUCGCGUUCGUCGUCUUGGUUUUUGGGAGUUGGGAGGAGAAGAAGGAAGGAAGGAAGGAAGGAAGGAGAUGGGAGAAUGUUACUCGUACCCGCCGCUAUCUUUCGAGCCUUCGGAGCUGCCUAGGGUUCGGAGGCCUAAGAGACAGCCGAUUAAGGUUCGGAUCAUGCUUCCGAUGAGCAUCGUAUGCAAAGCCUGCGGGAAUCACAUUCGCCAGGGGACCAAGUUUCAUUCCAGGAAGGAGGAAGUCGUCGGCGAGAUGCGCUUGGGGAUCCCGAGAUUCAGGUUUUACUUCAAAUGCACCAAGUGCUCUGCUGUGCUCACCAUCAAAACCUAUCCGCAGCAGGAUCCCGAUUCCGUGGUGGAGUCUGGGGCGGCGAGGGUGGUGGAGGAGAAUGAGAAAAGGAGGAGUGAGGCUGGAGAGAUGGGCCAUGUCAUCAACCCCACGUCCGAUUCCAAGAGAGAGAUGGAUAUUCUCAGCGCCGCGCCUGAUGAAAUCAAUUCCAUGAAGGGUAAAAAAUUUUCUGAGGAAUCACCGGACAAGCCAACAGAUUCCUUGACAAAAGCUACUACCAGUGACAUCUCCAAUGACAGAGGAAAUCCCGUUGGAUCACUGGAGCUGGGGGUCUAAGCAGUGAUGACGGGGAUUGAGUUGCAAAGGAUGCCAUCCGUUUUCUCGCUGUAUUAGCUGAAAGCUUUUUUUUUAUAUCUGUCUGCGCUGUAAUUCCUGACUGAAGCGGGGAUCGAUUAUUAGAUUAGCUUUCAAUGGAUAGUGAAAGGAUGAGAGUAUGGCUGUAGACUGCAUCUUUGUGUUGACUCUUUAAACUGCUGAUGGUGAUGUUGUUGCGAUUCAGGGCGA